GAAAAUAAAGCUCAUACAUCAGCCUUAUACCCCUAGUAAUAAGUGAAUGCUCCCACGAACUCUAUCCCCGAUCUUGAAACUAGAUUUACCCUCUCCCUUCUUCUCUUUGACACCACACAGAAUAAUCAAGCACCAUUUUUUUCUUCAACCUGCAAGGACCCCUCUUCUAUCAAGAUCAACACAAGGGUAAGUCCUCAAAGCUUUUGCUAAUCUUAUAUUCUUUAAAUUCCUAAAGAUUUCUACCCAAGCCGAGCCAUGUCAAGACCUCAACCGAUCACCACCCUUCUCUUUCUCCUCUAUAUCCUCACAUCCUUCAAUCUGCAUUGCUUCAUUGAAGCCCAACAAAAGCAACCCAUCAAGAGCAUUGUAGUUCUAGUGCUAGAGAACAGGUCGUUUGAUCACAUGCUUGGUUGGAUGAAGAAAUCCGUCAACCCCUCAAUCAAUGGCCUCACUGGCUCAGAGUGCAACCCAAGCUCGACCCAUGACCCCAAAUCCCCUUCAGUUUGUGUCUCUAAUGAUGCCCAAUUUGUUGAUCCUGAUCCUGGCCACUCAUUUGAGGAGGUCUAUGAGCAAGUUUUCGGGUCCGGCUCCAUCCCUUCAAUGUCUGGUUUUGUUCAACAAGCCCUCACAAUCUCUCAAAACUUAUCAGAUACCGUGAUGAAAGGCUUCAAACCUGAAAAUUUACCAGUAUUUACAGCAUUAGUACGGGAGUUUGCGGUAUUUGAUAGAUGGUUUUCAUCAAUUCCAGGCCCCACUCAGCCUAAUAGGCUCUUUGUGUACUCUGCAACCUCCCAUGGAUCAGUUGGCAAUGAUAAAUUUAAUCUCUUUGAAGGGUAUCCCCAAAAGACAAUCUUUGAUUCAUUGCUAAAGGAAAAUUUGGAUUUUGGUGUGUAUUUCAAGAACAUACCAACAACAUUUUUCUAUAGGAAUUUGAGGAGGGUGAAGCACUUUUCAAGAUUCCAUUGGUUUGAUACAUUUAAGGAGCAUGCAAGAGAGGGGAAGCUUAAGAAUUUGAGUGUGAUUGAGCCAAGGUACUUUGAUUUGGUUGGCUAUGAAGCUGAUGAUGAUCAUCCUUCUCAUGAUGUUGCGAAUGGGCAGAAGUUAGUGAAGGAGGUGUAUGAUGCAUUGAAAGCAAGUCCUCAGUGGAAUGAAAGCUUGUUGAUUGUUACUUAUGAUGAACAUGGAGGGUUCUAUGAUCAUGUUGAGACUCCUUAUGUUGGCAUUCCAAAUCCGGAUGGGAUCAAGGGACCCAGCCCGUUCUUCUUUGGGUUCGAUAGGCUAGGAGUUAGAAUUCCAACGAUUAUGGUUUCGCCAUGGAUCAAGAAAGGAACAGUUGUUAGCAGGCCUAAGGGGCCAACCGUGACUUCUGAGUUCGAACACUCAUCGAUACCUGCAACCAUAAAGAACAUUUUCAACCUAAAAUCGAAUUUCUUGACCAAGAGAGAUGCUUGGGCUGGAACGUUUGAGCAUAUCUUUAGCGAAUUGGAUUCACCAAGAACGGAUUGCCCAGAAUCGCUGCCUGAUGUGGCUCCUUUAAGAGGCAGAGAAGCUGGUGAAGAUAGUUUCCUCUCAGAGUUCCAGAGAGAGCUAGUUGAUUUGGCCAAGGCGCUUAAUGGAGACUUUCCCUUAACGAGCUUGCGCGAAGAGACAAGCAAGAAGAUGACGGUUAAGGAAGCUGAUAAGUAUGUGACUCGCUCUGUUUCGAGGUUCUUGAGGGCAAGCAAGAACGCCUUUGAUUCAGGAACUGAUCACUCAGCCAUCGUUGAUGUUAAGUCUUUUGAAUCUGCUGAGACUAGAUCGCCUUAGUUAAUGAAGAUCCAUGUCCCUUGUCGAGAUAACCAUGUUAAUUUAUUGCCAAAAAUCGGAGAGAAAACGUAUAGUGGGUGAUCAUAAUGUUGAUAAGCCCAAGGAAAUCAACUGUUUAAUAUGAUAAUAUGAUGUAUUUGUUUUACUUGUGAUAAGUAGUUUCAACUAUCAACUUCUUUUAAAGCAAGAAAAACAAAUGUUUUCUUCUUAA